AUGUCAACCGCACAGAUACCUACCACUGGUAACAGUGCCCAACCAUUACCAGUCAAGCAUCUCCUACAAAACUACACCACCGCUCAUCCUCUCCGUUCUCCAUCACCUCUCCCACCUUCGUCGAGGGUUGACCCAUCGCUCACUCAGAGAUUACCUCCUGCAACCUCUUCCAGCCCUUUACUAUGGACAUUACCGACAUGGUGGUUAUUCGUCCGGUUCAUCUUGACCAAAGGAUUACAUGUCUACUUCAACCUUCUUUGUCAUUUCUUAUUCGGACCCAAAAGGAAAUCAUGGGGAUACAGAAUGACAUUUAUAACUUCUUUUAUGCGAAACAUUGCCGAUCAUUCUUCCCUUGCAGAUAUAGUCCUCAUCAGACGAUUCAUCUCUUUACAGUAUCUCGUCCCACUCCCUGGAGACGCCGUCGUCACUCCAAUUACAUUCAAAGUCCCCUUGAGAAAAGGUGAUGAGAUUGCUAGAGGUUUUUUGAGGGAGUUUGAUCUGAAGGAAGAUGGACAGAGGGAAUUAUCGGGUGAAUGGGUGGUAGGAACGGAUGUAUGGAAAACACUAAAAGCUCAGAGAAGACAGAGGAAUAGAAGGAAAACAAGUAGUAACACUAGAAGGAAUGGAAGAUCAAGUCAUUUAUCAAAUCAAAUAUUGAUGAAUGAAAAAUCAUAUCCUACCUCUUCCUCUACAUCUUCUCCAACUUCUACUAUCAGACCCUCUUCCACUACCACUGCUACCACCAGUCCACCGAUAUCUCCCAUCAAGACCAAUCGAAGUGAUUCGACGAGUAGCUACAACACACCUACGACGGAUUCUGAUUCGGAUAAAGUGGCUGAGAGGGUGAUAUACUAUGUUCAUGGAGGGGCAUAUUAUGUGGGAAAUGCUGCGACGCAUAGGUUGAUCACUAUCGGUGUCAGCAAGAGCUGUAACGCUAGGGUAUUUGCAAUUACAUACCGCCUCGCACCCGAGCAUGUCUUCCCUCUACCCCUACAUGAUGUGCUCCACGGCUACCUUCGUCUUCUCGCUCCUCCAUUGUCGAUACCACCCGAGAACAUCAUCAUAGCUGGAGAUUCGGCUGGAGGGGGCUUGUCGCUCGCUCUGUGCAUGUACCUAAGAGACGAAGGGUACAAGCUUCCAGCCGGAUUGGUCCUAAUGAGUCCAUGGGUGGAUCUCACGAUGAGUUGUGGGAGUUGGGAUGAGAAUGCUGCUACGGAUGUGGUUCCUCGACCCGAGGCCGAUGACCACCUCAAUCCCGUAGGGUGUUAUCUCGGCCCGAAAGGAAUAUCCACCUACCUAACCCACCCCUAUGCUUCACCUCUCUUUGGCGAUUUUCAAGGCUUACCACCUAUGCUUAUUCAAUCCGGCGAUUCCGAAGUCCUUCGAGACGAAAUUACCCUCCUGGCACACAAAGCUACUUUGGCUGGUGUAAAUGUCACUCAUGAAUUGUACGAAGAUAUGGUACAUGUGUUCCAAAUGUUUUCCUUCUUGCCCGCCACCACAGCAGCAAUCAACAACGUCGGUAAAUGGGUGCGUCAAAAUCUACCUGCGAUAGAGGAACAGGAAGGAAGACACGAGAGUAAAUUGGGUAAAGAAGUUUCGGAUGAGAUGGACUCUUCACCGAGAGUUGUAGCUAAAGGUGGCGAAGAACUCGAUGUCGGUCUACCACCCAACCAAACCGAGGUACUGCAAAGUGAAUUAGAUGCUGUAGAAGAUUAUAAUAGAUUGAGUAGAAUGAAAACUCCAAAACAGAGUGCUCUGAAAUUGGAUGUUGGGGAAUCCUCUUCGGGUGAGACCAAUGGGCCUACAGUCGAUAUUGAUUCGUUACCUUCACGACAAGGUGAAUCAGAAUCUAUCACCCCUACUCCCAACAAUCAGACUCCCUUACCUUCCAUGGAUGAUCCUUCUUCGUCCUCGUCUGCAUUGGAAUUGAGCGGUAUACCUUUCCCUACAUUCUCUGCACCUGCACCCCAUACUUUACCUCGAUUACGAAGAUCAAUCACCAAUGUACCCAUUCCCACUCCAUCAUCUAUACCUCUGACUACGCCAACUACGUCAGAUGAGAACAGAAGAAGACGAAGGAGGGGCAUCACUUAUUCUUCAUCGUUACAUGUCUCCCCAGCACAUUCUACCGGUAUACCUUCCAACCCCACUUCGCCUACACCAUCCAUAAGAAGGAAGUUGAAAAGUACGAUGGGAUCGAUGUCGAUGUCCAACGGGUCCAACGGAGGAACACCCAGUACACGAGCGAGAAGUAAAUCCCAUUCUGAUAUAUUCCAACUUGUUGAGGGAUAUGUCGAACGGGGUGCGGCUAAUACGACAACGGUGAUUGAUCCUGAAGGUGAGGUAAUCAGUAUGGGCGUGUUGGGAGAGGAUGAGGAUCCUUUUUAG